AUGUCGACGCUGCUGGAGCUAAAGAGCAGUGUGCUGAGACAGGUGCAGAGAAGUCAGUCCCUCCGGAGCAGGAGGGAGCCUCCGCCAGCCGCCACAGGCCCUCCCACACCUCCACGCUCCUCCGACAGGGCCGUUCUUGGGGUUGCCAAGGGGAACGGCGAGUUCUUUGAGCGCAUGAACAAAAUUGUUCAGAAGCAAGAUAGCCUGUUAGCUGCAAAUCAAGCUGAGGAUGAGAUUAUAGCAGGUCCACCUCCGCCAGAGUGUACAGACCAGGCAUUUGUUCCAGUGAAAGCCACCAGAAAUGAACUUGAUUUAUUAUAUGAAGAAUCAAUAUAUACUGUGGUCCAUCGGGUCGGGGUGCCAUUACCUGAGUAUGUUACCAAUGAAGAGGACUUGUUCAGCUAUCUGCAAAAGGUGUUUGAUAUGGGCCAAGAAGAGCAUGACAUCAUUCUGCAGAAAGUGAAAGAGGCUAAAAGGCCAAGCUUCUCUCUAAGGGUCUCAGUCUUAAAAGGCAAGAAUCUCAUGGCAAAAGAUGCCAACGGUUACAGCGACCCCUAUUGCAUGCUUGGCAUUCUUUUGGGACAAAGCCCUCGAGAAACCGAGGAGAAGAAGGAAAGGAAGUUCAGCUUCCGUAAGAGGAAGGAGAAGUUCGAUAAGCGCUCCAGUGUCAAAGAAGUGCUGGCUGCCAGGGACAUCCAGGUGACUGAAGUCAAACCUGAGACGCUCAACCCUGUGUGGAAUGAACAUUUUGUUUUUGACAUUGAUGAUGUCCAUAAUGACCUUUUGCAUCUGGAUAUUUGGGAUCAUGAUGAUGAUGUGUCUGUGGCUGAGGCAUGUCGCAAGCUGAACGAAAUCAGUGGGUUCAGAGGAAUGGGAAGGUACUUCAAGCAAAUUGCCAAAUCUGUGAGGGCCAAUGGAGCAACAGCAUCAGGGAGUGAGGAGAAUGCUGAUGACUUUCUGGGUUGCCUGAACAUCCCAUUAAGUGAGGUUCCGGUGGUUGGCUUUGAUAAGUGGUUCAAGCUAGAGCCACGCUCCAGUGCUUCUAAAGUGCAGGGCGAAUGUCACCUGAUUCUGAGACUCUUUACCAGUCAGCGGGACACUGCCCUGACUAAAACGGUCUCCAACGUCAUCAUCCAUCAGAAGUUGCUAAGCCAGAUUUUGGACUACGAGCACAAGAACAUUCAGAAAGAGCCCUAUAACUGGAAUGGGCAAGUGUGCCCGGCCACAUGGACUGUGCUCUCCCAUCAUGCUAUGCAGGCUGAUCUUUCCCCACUGCAGCAAGCAGUCAUUCGCUGGCAGUGUUACAGUAGCCACCAUCGCUCUCAGAGGAUGUGUUACGCACUCAUUUUAAGGCUGCUGAGGGCUGUGGAGGCAGAGUGGGAGGCGGGAGAUGUGAAUAAAGAGCUGGAGGACCUCUUGGCCGAGAGCUUUAAACAGUACUGUGACUACUGCCUGUCUCUAAUAAAGAGCGUACGACACGUGUUCCCCUGCACCAACCCCACGGCUAUCACACGGUGUGAGCUAAUGCUAAGGACUAUUGGACAGAUGCAGUCAAUGCAAGCAUUUAAGGCAGUGUGUCAUAACCGCAAUGAGCUACACCUGGAGAUAGCAACUGUUAUUAAGAAAGGCACAGUUGAAUGGUAUGAGGCAACAAUUUCACACUUUAAACCAGAUGAAGGGACUGUGGAGGAACAACUAAAAAGGCUGGUUCAGGUGGUGGAUGCAGUGUGUGUAGAUGUACAAAGAGGACAGAAUGUCUAUAACAAGCUUUUUCAUGGCUCAGUGAAGGUGGACUUCUUCAGCAUCUCCUACCGACAGCUAGAAAAACUGGUGGCUGAUGACGUGAGCGUUGCCAUGGAGCGGGUUUGCGGGACUUUGGAACAGGAGAAUUAUCGUCUCUCUCAGACCAUGGGAGAGACCUUGUUCGAGGUCUUUAUCUCUCUAAAGACCCUCAAACGAUUCAGGGAGUUCCUGCCUCUCAAGGAUACUAAGAUGCUGGCACUGACUGGUUUUCACAACUGGUUUAAAUCCUCCAUCCACAAAUGGCUGCAGGUUGUGCAUGAAAAAUCUAUUGACAGGAUCCGCAAGGCAGUGGAGAUUGACAAGCUGGAGCCGGUCCAACAGCAAGCCAAACACAGCCUGUCAGCCGUCGAUGUCACCGCAUGCUUCAGCCAGGUACACGAGUUCUGGACCCAGCUAGCCUGGCCUGACUCAGCAGGGGCCUUCAUCUUCAUCACUCGCCUCACUGAUAAUUUAUGCAGUGAAGCUGUGUGCUAUGCUGAGCUAUUAAAGCGGAAGAUUGAGAGGAAUCAGCUGGGUAUGGAUCAACGAACCUUCACUGUGCAGCUGUCGGUGGCACUGAACAAUACUGAAUAUGUGCGCAUCUACUUAUCUGGCUUGCCACGGGAGCUGGACUGGCGAGCUGUGGAGCAGGCCAUGGAAGAGUCAUGUGGCACUGAGGGCAAGGAGCAGGUGAACAAGGCCCUGAAUGGUCAGCUCUACAAUGCUGAUCUAGACAUGCAGAGAGAGGCUAAGAGACUUAUUACACAUCUCACUGAUAAGAUGCUUCCUGAGCUAAAGAGAUACAUUCAGCACAUCAGCCUCUCUCCAGACACUAUUAAUAAUGAUGAGGCUGUGUCUCCACUGAUGAAAUACCUUGAUAGCACCUUAGUUAUCCUCACUAAGUCACUGGUGAAGGAGAACCUGGUGAGGGUUCUCCAGAGUCUCUGGGAGCUGCUACUGAGGAUGAUCUUGGAUUCAGUGGCUGAAAACAGAGGGGUACAGGUUGAGUUCUACACCCGGUUUCAGUAUACCAUAGAGACCCUGGUGCGUUUCUUUUAUGCCAAUGGUGAAGGCCUGCUCUUAGAGGACCUCAAAAGUGGAGACUACAAGGUUCUGGAAGACGAACUGCGACUGAACAAGUGCUCCUCCUUUGAACUGAUUGAGCAGUAUUUCUUGGAGAAAAUAUCCCAGCAGAGAAUCUUGAAGCACAGUCGUUUUGGUCGCAUUAGUGUUAAAUGCUACUAUGAUGCACCUGAACAAAGGCUCACUGUGGAGAUAUUGCAUGCAGCUGAUCUCAUUGCCCUUGAUGCCAAUGGUCUUAGUGAUCCAUUUGUCAUAGUGGAGCUCUGCCCUCACCACCUCUUUCCAAACUCCAGAAGUCAACGAACUCAAGUGAAGCUUAAAACGUUACACCCAGUUUUUGAUGAGCUCUUCUACUUUCAUGUAAGUCCUGAGCAGUACCGACACAGAUGUGCUUGCCUCACCUUUACUGUGAUGGAUUACGACUGGCUGUCCACUAAUGAUUUUGCGGGAGAGGCAGUGGCACCGUUAAGUGAUUUCUGUUGGCCAGGCCGACCCAAUGCCACCCCUGCAGGGAAGACCCUGCAGCCUUUUAUCCUACACCUGUCCCGUCAGAAACCAAGUGAGAAGCCGAUCAUGAAGAUGCUGGAGGCAAGAACAGGAGACCGAGAGGCUCAAGAAUUUGUGAGGAGGCUAAAGGAGAUUGAGAAGUCAAUGGAGGAAGAGUAA